CAGGCCCCGCGCCCACGAUGAAGGCUCUCCUUGUCCUCACCCUCACGGCCUCGCUGUGCCUGGCCUCGCUGGUACCCGAGCACGAGAAGGACCCUGAGUACUGGCGGCAGCAGGCGCAGGCGGCGCUGCGCGAUGCCCUGCGCCUGCAGCGCCUCAACACCAACGUGGCCAAGAACCUCAUCCUCUUCCUCGGCGACGGCAUGGGCGUCUCCACCGUCACGGCCGCGCGCAUCCUCAAGGGGCAGCUGCAGCACGGCCAGGGCGAGGAGAGCCAGCUCGAGAUGGACAAGUUCCCCUACGUGGCCCUUUCCAAGACCUACAACACGAACGCGCAGGUGCCCGACAGCGCGGGCACCGCCACCGCCUACCUGUGCGGCGUCAAGGCCAACGAGGGCACGGUGGGCGUCAGCGCCGGCGUCACCCGCGACCAGUGCAACACGACGCGCGGCCGCGAGGUCACCUCCAUCCUGCGCUGGGCUAAGGACGACGGCAAGUCGGUGGGCAUCGUCACCACCACGCGGGUGACCCACGCGACGCCCAGCGCCGCCUACGCCCACUCGGCCAACCGCGACUGGCACUCGGACGGCGAGAUGCCCCCGGACGCGCUGCAGGGCGGCUGCAGGGACAUCGCGCGGCAGCUCGUGGAGAACAUCCCCGACAUCGAGGUGAUCCUGGGCGGCGGGCGCAAGUACAUGUUCCCCAAGAACACCAGCGACGUGGAGUACCCCGGCGAGGAGAAGCACCGCGGCACCCGCCUCGACCGCCGCGACCUCGUGCGCGCCUGGCGCGAGAGCAAGGCGCCCGGCAAGGUCGCCCGCUACGUGUGGCACCGGCGGGAGCUGCUGGCGCUCAACGUGAGCCAGGUCGACUUCCUGCUGGGUCUCUUCGAGCCCGGUGACAUGGUCUAUGAGCUGGAGCGCAACAACGAGACGGACCCGUCGCUCAGCGAGAUGGUGGCCGUGGCCAUCCGCAUGCUGCAGAAAAACCCCCGGGGGUUUUUCCUCCUGGUGGAAGGCGGCCGCAUCGACCACGGGCACCACGAGGGCAAGGCCAAGCAGGCGCUGCACGAGGCGGUGGAGCUGGACCGCGCCGUGGGGCUGGCGGGGCGCCUCACGUCGCCGCGCGACACCCUCACGCUCGUCACCAGCAAUGUGCUCCCAGCCCGUUUGCCCAGGGCCCCGCACGUGCAAAACCCAUGA